AUGUUGGUUGAACUCGCAGUUGCUUUAUUGGUGAUAGCUCUCUUUAUACACUUGCGUCCAACACCCACUGCUAAAUCUAAGGCACUUCGCCACCUUCCUAAUCCACCAAGUCCUAAACCUCGUCUUCCUUUCAUUGGUCAUCUUCACCUUUUGGAUAACCCUCUUCUUCACCACUCUCUCAUUCGUCUAGGACAACGUUAUGGCCCUUUGUACUCUCUUUACUUUGGCUCCAUGCCUACUGUUGUUGCCUCCACUCCUGAUCUCUUUAAACUCUUCCUUCAAACGCAUGAAGUGUCUUCCUUCAACACAAGGUUCCAAACCUCUGCUAUCAGACGGUUAACCUAUGAUAACUCCGUUGCUAUGGUUCCCUUUGGACCUUACUGGAAGUUCAUUAGAAAGCUUAUCAUGAACGAUCUCCUUAACGCCACCACCAUCAACAAGUUGAGACCCUUGAGGACUAGAGAAAUCCGCAAGUUUCUUAAGGUUAUGGCUCAGAGCGCUGAAACUCAAGAGCCACUUAAUGUCACUGAGGAGCUUCUCAAGUGGACAAACAACACAAUCUCUACAAUGAUGUUGGGUGAGGCUGAAGAGGUCAGAGAUAUUGCUCGUGAUGUUCUUAAGAUCUUUGGUGAAUACAGUCUCACCGACUUCAUUUGGCCUUUGAAGAUGUUUAAGCUUGGGAACUAUGAGAAGAGAAUUGAUAACAUUUUCAAUAAAUAUGAUCCUAUCAUUGAAAAAGUUAUCAAGAAACGACAAGAGAUUGUCAACAAAAGAAAAGAGAGAAAUGGAGAAAUCGGCGAAGGUGAGCAAAGUGUAGUUUUUCUUGAUACUUUGCUUGAAUAUGCUCAAGAUGAGACAAUGGAGAUCAAAAUUACAAAGGAUCAAAUCAAGGGUCUUAUUGUGGAUUUCUUCUCUGCUGGGACAGACUCCACUGCUGUGUCAACAGAAUGGACUUUGGCAGAGCUCAUCAACAAUCCGAGGGUGUUGAAGAAAGCUCGAGAGGAGAUUGACUCUGUUGUAGGAAAAGAUAGACUCGUUGACGAGUCAGAUGUUCAGGAUCUUCCUUACAUAAGAGCAAUGGUGAAAGAGGCAUUCCGCAUGCACCCACCACUACCUGUAGUAAAGAGAAAAUGUACUGAAGAAUGUGAGAUCAAUGGAUAUGUGAUACCUGAGGGAGCAUUGAUACUUUUCAAUGUAUGGGCAGUGGGAAGAGACCCUAAGUAUUGGAAAAAACCAUUAGAGUUCCGUCCAGAGAGGUUCUUAGAGAAUGGUGUUGGUGAAGGUGAAGCAGCAUCAGUUGAUCUGAGGGGUCAGAAUUUCCAACUUUUACCAUUUGGGUCUGGAAGGAGGAUGUGUCCUGGAGUCAAUUUGGCUACUGCUGGAAUGGCAACACUGCUUGCAUCUAUUAUACAAUGCUUUGAUCUACAGGUGGCAGCUCCAGAUGGGAGAAUAUUGAAAGGUGAUGAUGCUAAAGUUAGCAUGAAAGAGAGAGCUGGUCUCACGGUUCCAAGAGCACAUAAUCUCGUAUGUGUUCCCCUUGCAAGAGAUGUUGCAGCUAAAUUGCUUUCGUCUUGA